AUGAGCGGUGUGGACGCUUACUACGUGCUUGCCUCAGGCUGCAAAAACCACCAGUCGACAAGCGUUUCCCACUUCUGCGUUGAUGGCAUGGCCGAAUACCUAGAAUUCGCGUUCCUCUACUACGUGGACCCGUCGUCAUUGGGCAGCUCAAGUAUGGCGACUCGACCGCACAGAUCACAAGUCGUAGCGAUGGAAGUUCUUGAUGCUCGUGUGGAGGAGGUCCUUGGAAAUACUACUGCUGGUGCGACAAAGCAAUUCUCGGCCAAGUGGUUUCUGUUGAAAAUGGCAAAACGUGUGCCACCUGCUCGCGUGGAAGACGACAAACAAGCGGGAGGAUAG